UGAAAUUCUAAAAUAAUAGCAUCCAAUUUGAAAUACAUAUACUAUCACGUUACAAUCAGGUAAUGGUUUUUUGAAAGAAAACAAAUUAUAUUAUAGCAAUCAAACAUAACAAAGUUCCCACAAACACACAACGCCAAACCUUCCUAUGAGGCUCCGCAUAACCAAACGGCUCUCCCACUCUCUGACUAGACGCAUAUAUAAUAGACAACCUUAAAGAGAGUGAGACUAUUCGCUAACCAUGUGAGAGUUUUGAAGCUUUUACCAGUCAUACAAGUCUAAUCUCUUCCACCCACAAAACUAUCCUGAACAAUGAAAAAGCAAACUAGCAACCUACCACUAUUGUUCACAAAAAUAACAAAAAUGAAGUAAUUAACAGAAAUGAAAUAAACGUGAAAGAAAUAAAAUGUCUUAAGACCUCCAGCCUUUCUUAUUCCCACGUGCUGAGAAAGGAUAGGGAUCAGAUAUGUGUUUUGCUCGAACAUGCUGUAUCUCCAUUUCCUCCCUAUCGGGUGGCUUCCUGAUUCCUCCCCACGUCUGCGCUUCUAUUCAAGCCCCAUGGCAAAGUUCCGCCCUCCAAAGGCUUACUUGCUUGUCCUCUACAUUGCCUCCGUUAUUAGCCUGGUCAUUAAUGUUGUUUCCUUUGCACGCUGGGACGUGACAUUUGUUCUCCCUCAACUGCACUCCCCCUUUUGCUGCCCGAAGCCACGGACCAAACAGCCUCUCCCUGGCUAUCUCGUUUUCCACCCUCUUACGAGGACAAUGACUUUUUGUGUGUCCUAUUAUCCCACACAGGAAACAAAAACUGGGCACUUUCUCAUAACGAAAUUUAACACAAAAGUUAAUUCUUUCCUCCUUUUGCAAGAUAGUUUUCUUUUCAGAGGUUUUCCUAGAUCAAUCCUAACACGAAUCCUCAUAAAGGAUUCUAUUUUUCAGAAAAGUUGCGACUUUUAUAAAGAGCCCAAAAAAUCCCUUUGCAUUCCGCAUUAGCUAGGGUAAAGCAUCUUACCGGAAUGUCAUGGACUUUUGAAUCCAUAACUCAGCUCUAUUCAGUGGAACGAACAUAGGAAGAUCUCCUUCUUUUAAUCUACUCAUAACAACAGGUUCUCGUAAAAAAUCCACGGUCCCUCAUAUGCUACUCUAUUGAUACCAUCUUCAUCAUAAAAUCUGGUAAAAAUGGUAACGCCCUUCACAGAUUUCCAUACAGAUGUCAUAAUAUCCCGAAUAUUAGUAAAAUGUAUCGAAUUUUCCGACGUGAUUGUUCCCACCAGGGCCAGAUUGUGGCUAGAAGAGCUCUGUGCCAUAGGUUCCACGACCAGGAAUUCAUCUCCAUCUUCCAUCUCCACUUGUCCGUAUGCCUGUGUGGCGGCUGUGCUAAAGCUUCAAUUUCUUCUUGGUUGUAUCCCUCCGCCAUCUCAUCUAGAAAAAUAGUUAUCGGAUUUCCAAAGCAAGAAAACCGCUGAGCCGCUACCGUGAAAGAGUUGAUUGUGAGAAAUCCGUCGACGCGGGUUGCUUCGAAUCGACGGAGCCGCCUGGUUCAAUUGAGUCACCGAUGUUCUUCUGUCUCGAAACAGGCAGCCAAAGAUCGUUGCCAUGGAAUUGUCGUGGAAGAAAAACUGUGCAAAACGAGUUAUGAGGCCAACCUCAACCCUAGCAAUGUCUCUAGGUCCUUUUACAAUCAGGUCAUGGUAAAACAUGAUAAUAAUCAUUCCUAUUUAAGAAAUAAAAACUUAACAAUCAUAUUAUAAAAUUCAUAAGCAUUUUUACUAUUAUCUAAGACAAUUCUUUUUUAAUAACUUUAAAAACCGAAUUAGAUGUAUCUAUCUAUACAUGGAAAUAAAAUUGUGGGAUCCAUAUACCUUUUGUGUGUAUUUGAUGAGACUCGGGCCCGCCCGGGUGAUAAUGUGAAAUUAAUAGGUUAACUCGAUUUUUUUGAAAGGAGGUUCACUCGAUAUUAAGCAUCAUCAUCAUCACCGCAGUGCUGCAAAGGCUCCCACCUAUGGUGGGGUAAGGGAUGUUGGAUGUACGCAGUCUUACCUCUGUACUAAAGCACAAAGAGAUUGUUUCCAGAUGACCCAUAGUGAAAAUCAUGUCGAGAAUUGCAUUGACUGACCGCUUCUUCAUAACAAAGAAACGCAGACAAUUUAGUGAGUCAUUUUACUUUAUUGCAUCAUAUUCCUAAGCCAAAAAUAAUGUCUUUACCUCCAUUGUAAAUAGGGAUGGACCCGGGUCAGUCCGGUUCUGGUUCCGGGCCCGGGCGGGCUUUUUUUGCAAAAUGUUGGGUCCGGAACCGGCCCGGAUUGAUACCGGGUCCGGGUGUAACCGGGUCGGGCCGGGCCGGGCCAGGCCCGGGUCAAGUUCAA